CGAGUAAGCUGGCGUCCAUUGCCCCUGCGCAAAAGGGCCUUCUCCGGUUUCAAAUGACAACGUCGUCCCGAGCCGGCUAGCCGUUGUUAUCGGUGCAGUGCCGAUGCAGGUGCCUUUUGGGGACUGCGAUAAGCCGAGUUGAACAAAGCCGCCUCAUCGUCAUAUCACGGCCCAACCCAUCACCGCAGCACUGCCGUUGUGUCACCGGCCCUUUGCUCCCCGAUCCCCUUGUCGACAGCAUCAUAGUCGCUAUCAGCCUGUAACCGGGCGUCCUAUCUCACCGCGCACUGUCCUCACUCCCCCAGUGAGGCUUUUAUAACUCACCGUCUUUCCGUCCCAGCGAAAUGGCUACCCAUCACGUCAGAAGCCACUCUGGCUCAAAAAGGACGCUGCCGGCCCAUUCGCGGCAGACCAGACCUGCACCUCUUUCGAAACGAUCCACCAACGCCAGCAGUAAGAAAGUUGCGCCUCCAAAGGAUCCAGGCGAGUACGAGGAUUCCGAGGACAUGGCAACCAGCUUCCUGCAAUUUUGCACCACUUGUGAAAAGCAGAUAAUCGUGCCAAGCAACUUUGUCCUCUAUUGCUCGGAAAGUUGCAAAAGACAGGAUCACAGCAAACAGUUGCCUCCACACUGCUCGCCAACCUUACUACCUUACAUGGAUUCCUCUCUCGAGGACGUGCAGUUCCCAGACAUUGUUGCGCCUCGCACACCCACAACUCCCAUGGCUCUCUCCAAACGCUCAUCUUGGAACCUGUCCGAGCCAUCUUCAGAGGAGAAUCCCACGUCGAGCGAAGACAGGCCUGGGAAGGAAACCGAGGCUUCAGCAUGGCUCCGCAAAUUCUACCGUGUACCGCCCGAAACAAGUGGGCAACAUGUCCGACCCCGAUACCACCGUGCCUCGUCUUCCAUCGCCACAACCCAUUACACUACACCCUCACUUUCGCACACACCGUCUUCGACCCUGAGUUUUUCCGUGCCGUAUACUCCUUCAACCCAAGCACUACCGCCCAAGACAAACCCGCAUUACUCAUCUUCUGGCUCCCGAUCGAUAGAUCUCGUUACGGCAUACACGUAUCCCAGCGUGCCUUCGAGUCCUCAACAACAGUAUUCACUGAAAAGCCCACCGUCUUCUACCAUGACCCCCGACAAAUGCGAAGGAAAAUUCGAGUACCAAAAAUCUCCCAUCCCAUCCCUCACGAGCGCUGAUGGUACACUGAAGCAACUGCUGGCUUCUUCGGGUGCUGCGACGCAGUAAGAUUACUCGCAUACGCCCGGUCAUACUGCUGCCAUCGCUAUUUGUCGUCAUUGGUUCAAGUUGCAUUGAUCCACCAUUAUGUUUUCUUAUAGACCUUUUACUCGGGAUCU